GCGGGCACGAGAGAGAAGUGUUGGUCAAGUCGCCUUAAGACCUUUGAUCAUUCCCCCCCGCCCAAACACACAAGUGCAAAGAAGAUUCAUGAAAAUUCUGUAACAAUCUAAGCAGUUGAAUUAUGGAACAUUAACUACACAUGCAUUUGCAGAAAUGAAACGGUAAUUACGGGAAACGGAACGUUAACAGAGUGGUUUUCAGCAUGUUUACGUUGUGGCGACUGCGCGUGGCAGCGGUGAUGGUGUGCAGCGUUGUGGCGGAAGCUUCGUCCCUCAACCUCACGCUGGACGGUGAGACGCGCGCCGCUCUCGCGCAGCGGAGGCUGAAGACCCAGGAGCGCCGGGAGAUUCAGCGCGAGAUCCUGUCUCUUCUGGGCUUGCCCCACCGACCGCGGCCGCUCGUCCGCGAGAAGCAGACUGCGGCGCCGUUGUACAUGCUUGACCUGUACAACGCGAUCCUCCCGGAGGGAGAGACGCGCAGCGGCUACGUGCACUCCCGUCAGCCAGCCUCCGCCACGCCGGGACCGCACGCCGUGGCCCCGCAAGACAGCCGCUUUCUCAUGGACGCAGACAUGGUGAUGAGUUUUGUCAAUCUGGUGGAGCCUGAGGAAGAGCCACGUGUGUUCCAUCAGUACCACCGAUUUGACCUCUCCCGCAUCCCAGAUGGCGAGGUCAUAACUGCCGCUGAAUUACGCAUCUACAAGGACUUUGUGCGUGAGCGUUACGAAAACGAGACGUUCCGCAUCCAAGUGUACCAGCUGCUCCAAGAGCAGGGUGGCAGGGAAUCGGAGAUGUUCCUACUGAGCUCACAGAUGGUGUGGCCUGCGCAGGCGGGAUGGCUGGUGUUCGACCUCACACGCACCACUAACUACUGGGUUCUGCACCCCAGCCAGAACCUGGGCCUUCUGGUGAUAUUGGAGAGUAUGGAUGGCGAGCGUGUGAACCCCAGGGCGGCAGGGCUGGUGGGCAGCAGGGGUCCCCAGAGCAAGCAGCCCUUUGUGGUAGCGUUCUUUAAAGCUACGGGAGUCCGCCUCCGCAGUGCUCGCUCGGCCUCCGGACACAAGCAGAGGAACCAGAGCCGCUCCAAGGGCCCCAAACACACGGCCCCCUCCAGCCAGGAGGCCCUGAAGCUGGCCGAGACGGCAGAAAACGUCAGCGUGGACCCAAAACAAGGUUGCAAGAAACGCGAGCUUUAUGUCAGCUUUAGAGACCUGGGGUGGCAGGACUGGAUUAUAGCCCCAGAAGGCUAUGCUGCGUACUACUGCGAGGGCGAGUGCGCAUUCCCCUUAAACUCCUACAUGAAUGCAACUAACCAUGCCAUCGUCCAGACCCUGGUGCACUUCAUCAACCCGGAGGCGGUACCGAAGCCCUGCUGCGCCCCCACCCAGCUCCACGGCAUCUCCGUGCUUUACUUCGACGACAGCUCCAACGUCAUCCUGAAGAAAUACCGCAACAUGGUGGUCCGGGCCUGCGGUUGCCACUGACAACUUGGCCCUGGGGACAGGAGGGGAACCCACCUGCACGGGGGAGUGGGUAAAGGAGGAGGAGGAGGAGGAGGAAGACAACGACGAAGGCCUGCAGUGUGUCUGGGACCCAUGCGUUUAAACAUGGCUGGAUCACUGUGCCAAAAACCUUCAGGCGUCUGUGUGAUGUGGAGACACGGUAGCAGUUGGUCAUGCACUCAAAACCUGGUCUGUGAAGUGUGAUGCCUCUAUCCAAAGGAACAAAGACAUUUGAGGAGAGGGUGGCAGUAAAUUAGUGGGGCACACCUGUGGAGACUGUACCUAGAUUGUCACGGUUACCAUAAGUCCCUGGAGACUGGGUUAGAAGCUGAGUAGGCAUUGUUCCCUGUUUUAUCAGUGUGCACCGAGUGCUUAAACUUGUAACUAAUCAUGAACUUUUUCUUUUAUCACGUGUAUAGUGGAUCGCAGACGUCUUUUUAAAGGGGUACUUUCUUGAAAUGAUCAUGCAUUAUCCUGGAUUUCAGAAAUCAAAGUGUUUUUUUUUGUUUGUUUGUUUUUUUCCCCUUUUUAAAUUAACUUAUUUUUUUUUGUGAGUUGUCAGCUCCAGAGUAUUACAAGGGUAUGAUUUAUACACGCAGGUGCGCGCACAUGUGUGCGUUUCUGACAGUCCCGUGGCGAAGACGCUCCGUGCGACUCAUUGUUUAGCAUGUGUCGCGCGGCGGCAGCGCGCCCAUCAUUCACCGCCCGCGCCCCUCUGAAGGGCGUCCAGAAGUUCCGGCGGAGGGUCGCAGCUCAGCAUUUGCUUCUCAUCUGUGUCCUCGCAGUAUGCCACGCGAUAAAGCACGCUAAACAGAACUGUAUGGAGAGGGAACGAGCGCGCUUGUACAGCUGUUCCAGAGAGCGCGCGAGGAGUCGUGGUAGUUGAGGUGGCUUUCCAGUCCAGAUGUUAAAUGAUGGACGUAAGGGCGCCGACCUGUUCUUCAUCAGUUUUUUUUUCCCGCCGUCGAUUGGAAAAAGAAUGUGUGUGUGUGUGUGUGUGUGUUUAUUUUUAAUUAGGCAAGUCCAACCAAAUGUCCUAUGACUUAAUUUUUUUAUUUACAUGAGUAUUUUUAUACAAUAUCUUUUACAAAUAAACUUAAUUUGAUAAGUUUACUAGUAGAAAAUAUCAACGGUUGCAACAAGGCGAGCCUAUAUCGCCAUCUGCCUGUGUGUGUAUAUAAACAGUUCUAAAAUAAACACUUUAUCUCUGGUCUUGUUUGGUGUUAGAAGACGUUUCUGAGUGCGGGCGCUGAGCUGUGUCUCUUCCGUGCUGUUCUCAGUGUUGCGCGCUCUACGGGCCUUUUCGUGCCGUUCUCCUGCUCGUCCCCCGUCUCGGCCUGUG